GUGACUGUUAAUGCGGAAGUGCUACAGAGGGAAAAACAUUAGUUGGAAAUCCGACUUGAAUCUGAUUUAAAUAAUAUUUAAUAAAAUAUCUAGAUAUAUAUUAUUAUAAUGGCGGUAAACGCGGUGCAUUUAGAGUCGGACGCUUUCCUGGUUUGUAUGAAUCACGCUUUGAGCACAGAGAAAGAAGAAGUUAUGGGGCUCUGCAUUGGGGAGGUCGACACCAAUCGUAUUGUCCACAUUCACUCGGUUAUUAUCCUGCGGCGGUCUGACAAGAGGAAGGACCGAGUGGAGAUUUCACCUGAGCAGCUUUCUGCAGCCUCCACUGAAGCUGAGAGGUUGGCUGAGAUGACGGGGCGUCCUGUAAGGGUGGUGGGAUGGUACCACUCUCAUCCUCACAUCACUGUGUGGCCGUCACAUGUCGAUGUGAGGACGCAGGCCAUGUACCAGAUGAUGGAUCAGGGUUUUGUGGGUCUCAUCUUUUCUUGCUUUAUAGAAGAUAAGAACACGAAGACGGGUCGAGUUCUGUACACGUGUUUUCAGUCAGUACAAGCUCAGAAAGGCUCUGAGUACGAGAGAAUUGAGAUUCCCAUCCAUGUGGUUCCUCACGAGGCCAUCGGAAAAGUGUGUCUGGAAUCUGCAGUGGAACUUCCCAGAAUUCUCUGUCAGGAGGAACAGGACACGUACAGAAGGAUUCACAGCUUAACUCAUUUAGAUCCAAUCACAAAGAUACACAAUGGAUCAGUAUUCACUAAAAACCUCUGCAGUCAGAUGUCAGCAGUUAGUGGGCCGCUGUUGCAGUGGCUGGAGGAUCGACUGGAGCAGAACAAAAAGAGCAUCGUGGAGCUGCAGAAAGAGAAAGAGAGACUGACCCAGGAGCUGGCCUCGUUAUGAACACCUUCAUCACCAUCACCAUCAUCACCAUCACCACAAAUACGGCGCAGCUCCAGUUCUCCAUGUUCUCUACUUUUAAUCUAUUUAAUGUGUCUGGUGUGCUGAACUGAAACUGGAGCUCAGUAACUGGUGUUUAUAAGGAGAGGAAGAAGGUGAUUGGAUUGGGGUGUGUGUGUGGGGUGUGUGUGUGUGUGUGUGAGGCCCUUGUGACAAUUUCUAUUUUUCUUUGCUGUCAUGUGACAGAAAUGUAAAUAGUUUCUUCUUACUAUGUAUUUCUCUGUUUUGUUCUACAUUACGUCCUUUAUUUCUUUACUGUCUUUCAAAAAUAAAACACACACACACACACACACACACACACACACACACACACACACACACACACA